AUGUUCUACGAAACUUGCAGUGCGUUAGAUGAGGGAACUGAACCCAAGAGAAAGAAACAGAAGACGAAAAGCAACAAUACACAAAUGCAUCCGCAGGGUCCCAAGCCAGCUGGUUGUUCUGAUGACAACUACUGUAAGGCCUGUGGCAAUUGGGGGCACAAGAGAAGGACGAGUCGUCUUUGUCCUAAGAACCGUAAGCUAUGUGAUAGCCAUCCAUCCGUCAGUGCGUUAGAAGGAAUGACCGACGACCAAGUGAAAGAAACACAACAGAGUCUUCUUGACAGCAUUCCUCUUGAAAUGGAAGAAACAGAAGCCCACAAUCGAACUCUCAUAGUGGAGAACAUCCUGGAAGACAACGACAAUGAUGAAGACGACAUAAUGAACUAA